AUGUGACGCCUGAGGACCCAAUGAGCAUGCGCAACCGUUCCGAGCAUGCUCAGUAGCGCGCGCGGCGUUCUGGGGCUUCACCUCGCGGUGGCGGACGCGGAGGUUUCCGCAGCUGCUGCGGGAGCGACAGGAAGUGAAGCGGCCCGGCCGGGCAACCGCGGCGGCAGAAACAGAGGCGGAAGGGGCGCUGCGGCGACGACGUCGGCGACGGGGGUGGACGAGGGGGUCGAGCACCGAGAGGACUCGCCCGCUCGGAAGCCGGAUCCCGAGCCGGGCAGGAUGGAUCAUCACCAGCCAGGAACUGGCCGCUACCAGGUGCUUCACAAUGAAGAGGAUAAUUCUGAGUCAUCUGCUGUAGAGCAGCCAUCAACUUCAAACGCAGCGCCGCAGAGCGUUCAGGCUGCUCCUUCAGCUUCAGUACUUGAAACGGACUCUUCUCCUCCACCUUACAGUAGUAUUACUGUGGAAGUACCUACAACUUCAGAUACAGAAGUUUACAGUGAGUUUUAUCCUGUGCCACCUCCCUACAGUGUCGCUACCUCCCUUCCUACAUACGAUGAAGCUGAGAAGGCCAAAGCUGCUGCCAUGGCAGCCGCAGCAGCAGAGACAGCCCAGAGAAUUCAGGAGGAAGAGUGUCAACCAAGAGAUGACUUCAGUGAUGCAGACCAGCUCAGAGUGGGUAAUGAUGGGAUUUUCAUGUUGGCGUUUUUCAUGGCAUUUAUUUUCAACUGGCUUGGAUUUUGUUUAUCCUUCUGUAUCACCAAUACCAUAGCUGGAAGGUACGGUGCCAUCUGUGGAUUUGGACUUUCGUUGAUCAAAUGGAUUCUUAUUGUUAGGUUUUCUGAUUAUUUUACUGGAUAUUUCAAUGGACAGUAUUGGCUUUGGUGGAUAUUUCUUGUACUUGGCCUGCUGCUUUUCUUCAGAGGAUUUGUUAAUUAUCUAAAAGUCAGAAACAUGUCUGAAAGUAUGGCAGCUGCUCAUAGAACAAGAUAUUUCUUCUUAUUAUAGAGACUGCAUCGACCAGACAUUCUUUUCUUAAACCAAUGUGAAAUUUCCAGAUCAUCUGUAAACCUACAACUUUAAUAGGAUAGAAGACUACUAAAAACAGAAGACAAAUUAGUGAAGAAAAGAUAGAUCUGCAAAAUUGAAUGGCAGGAUGGUUUAUGCUUAAAAGCCAUUUCUGUUUAUUCUCUUAAAUAUUUAAAUUUCAUUUGUUUUGCACAUUUGCGUAUGUGCCCAUGUAAAAGAUUGGCGUAUACUUGAAAGAAACUAUAAAGUUGUCGCAGCAAAGUCCAGUUAAUCAGUGUUUGAUCUAAUUGAAAGGGGUGAGUGAGAAACAGUCUUCCAGCAUGUAAAUGCCAUUGACUUCUGACCUGACAUUUAGUAUAAUAAAAAUGAAAUUAUUAACCAUGUCAAAUGCUUUAGUUUCUGGCUCCUAGAUUCAUCUAGUAACUCUACACAUGAAACGCCCUUUAUAUAGUUUUUUGAAAACUGCAGUGCUGAUUAUAGAAAAGCUUUGUCAGAUUUUUGAACAUGAUAUUUACAUUAUUAUUUAGCAAACUCUUUCUGUAAAUAACCAUGCAUAAAUUACUUUCUGCAUUGUUUUCUUAGAAACUGUGUCUGGAUAUCUUUCAAUUAAUUUAAAAUUAAGUGAACUUAAUAUAUAGAGAAAAUCUGAAUGUUAAAGAUAGUUUGUUUUAGGACAGAUUUUAAGAAGAUAUGGGUAUUCCACAUGUCCUUUAAGAGAACAUCUUUUUGUUGUUUUCUUUUUAAGGGACAUGCCAGGUUUAGGGAUUCUCAGUCGAGAAGCUUGGUUUUUAAGAUUGCCAUCUUAGAGAGUCUUGCAGGAAGAGAUUGUAUUAGAUAUUAUAUUUAUUUCAUUUAAGACACUUUUGAAAAUUCAUUUUCUGAAUAAGAUAUUCUCAUUUGCAUUUGUCUUUUUAAAAGCCAAUAAAAGUAUCUUUCAAUUUUCAUUGUAA